GAUUCUGUUGAUUUCACUUCAUUGUACUUCCCACCGCCUGCGAUCAAGCAUAACGGUGACUAUACAACUUGCUCUGAUUAGACCUUGGACUCACAUUCUUCCUUUGACUAUAUCCCAGUACAACAGCCAUGGGAGGAAUCUUCAGCUUUUUCAGUUUCAGUAAACCAUGGAGGACAAUAAACUGGGGAGACAACCAGAGUGAGCUGCAGUAUGUGAAGGACUAUAAACCUCAGACUGAUGGCCUCAGGAUUCUUCUUCAUGGACCAGUUGGAGCUGGAAAAUCCAGUUUCGUCAACUCUGUCCAAAGUGUUUUAAAAGGCCAAAUGUGCAGACAGGCUUUGGUAGCUAACACCUCUCGCGGCUGUUUCACAAAAUCGUACACAACCUACAAGAUUCAAAAAGGCCCAGAGACCUUUUACCCUUUUGUCUUCAAUGACAUCAUGGGCCUGACCAAGGACCAAGGUGUCUCUGUGGACGAUGUCAAACUGGCUCUGAAGGGACACGUGAAGGAAAAUUAUGAGUUUAAUCCUGAAUCAACAUUGUCAGAGAAGGAUCUUACAUUCUACAACAAACAUCCGACUGCCAACGACAAAGUGCAUGUUCUGGUUUGUGUCAUUGAUGCCAACACAGUAUCUGAAAUGAGUGACGAAAUUCAAGACAAGAUUCAUAACAUCAGGAUGGAAGCCAGUAAACUGAGGAUUCCUCAAGUGGCCAUUCUCACCAAGAUUGAUCUGGUCUGUCCUAAAAUCCAAAACAAUUUGAGGAAUGUCUAUGAGACCGUGCACAUUAAGAACAAGAUGGAGGAGCUAAGUGCAUUGGUGGGAAUUCCAAUGAACUGCAUCUUCCCUGUGAAGAACUACCAUGAAGAAAUCAACCUCAACAGUGACAUUGACUCACUGAUCCUGAGCGCCCUGAGAAACAUCAUCGACAUAGGAAAUGACUACCUCAACUUAAAGAGGUCUGACGGUGAUGAUUCCAGAGAGCCUCCUCCAGCCUUCAAUGAUGAACCUGCACCCCCAUACACACAAUGGCAAUGAUAUGUGUCACAGCGUCCUGAUGAUCCAGACUGUUUCAGAUUAUGUCUGGACUUCUCUGGGAUAUAUGUUGUCUGUUAUUCGUUCAAUAAUCUAAACUCAGAGUGACUCUGUAGAUUUGUUCUGUACAUGUAUAUUUCCAUAGAUAUAUCUAUGUAUAUUUCUGUCUUGCAUUCUGCUGCAAUUCCACCCACGUGGAAGAAUAAAGUAUUGCAGUUCAUUUCCACAUAGAGGAUCUUUGACUGUAUUAUAUUGGCUACUGGAACUGAGCUUGGCAAGACUACUUUUUCAUUUUCCGCUCUACAUUCCUGGAAUGCCUAACAAAGCACCUUAAAAUGUGUCUCUCCUCAAUCUAUCAGUCAAUUUAAGGCCUUGAUUAGUGUGUGUCUUAUUGUGCCUGCUUUAUUUGAUUGUUUAAAAAUGUGAUCUGUUGUAAUUUAAAUAUUAUGUUAGGGUUUAUUUGGGGAAAUGUAUGCUGUUUUCAAUAAACUUUGUAAAAUAAAAUUUCAAAGUCUUUGGUUCUGAAGAAAAGUAGCUGGGCUGUGUCACGCACAUCGAAGUCUCGCUUUGCCAGACCUUCCUCCACAGUGCUGUGGAUGAAAGUCUUUUUUGGUGUUUUUUUAUUAUGACAAUCAAUUGUGAAUUAUUGUGAAAAUGCCUACCAAUAAAAUCACUGGUUUCAGCUUCUUA